ACCUGACGCUGGCUCCAACAUGGCGCCCGUAGAAGUGCUACUGUAGGCGACUAGUAAUGUUAAAGACGUUUCCUCAGUACUUGACGUCACCGGCUUCUACGGCUUAGUUUUAGGGUGAAGCAGGUUAGGCGGCGGGCUGUUGUCUUUUAGAAAGCAGCCAUGAACGGUCCGUUAAGCAGUGCGGCGGAAGAAGCUGUCUGGGAGCGGCCAUGGUCCCUGGAUGAAAUUAGACGAAGCAACCAGAACUGGUCGCUGGGGGCCGAUGCUGGGCUCUUGAAUUUCCUGAAAGAAUUCUCCCAGCAGACGAUAUCUAGGACGCAUGAGAUCGAGAAACAGCUGGAUGGACUGAUUCAUGAAGCAAAGGCCACAGAUUGCAGGCUACACAAUGUCUUUAAUGAUUUUCUCAUGUUAUCUAAUACACAGUUCAUUGAAAACAGAGUUUAUGAUGAAGAGAUUGAAGAACAUGUUACAAAACCAGAACCUGGCGAUAAACCAGAACAGGAAAAAUCAAGAGAGCAGAAAGAAGCCGAACUUAUUCCAAAAAUACAAGAAGCUGUCAAUUACGGGUUGCAAGUUCUUGAAAGUGCAUUUGAGCAACUUGAUAUCAAAGCUGGAAACUCUGAUUCUGAGGAGGAGGAUGUAAAUGGAAGGGUUGAUCUAAUUCUAGAGCCAAAGGAUCUUUAUAUUGACAGACCUCUACCUUAUUUGAUUGGCUCACAACUUUUUAUGCAGCAAGAGGAUGUGGGUCUGGGAGAUGUUUCCAGUGAAGAAGGAUCUGUGGAUAAUGACCGUGGAAGCAUUAUUGACAGUGAUGAAGAAGAAGAAAAAGACUAUGUGGACUCAGGAGAUGAUCUAGAAAUCAAUUCUGAAGAUAAGAAAAUGAGUUUAGAAUUGAGUGAUGAAGAUGAAGAUAAUGGGUCGGACCUGUUUGGCGAUUCAGACAAGGAAGAGGAGGAGACUGAAAGAUCUAUAAAGACCAGGACAAAAUCUUUUGCUGAUGAGCUAGCAGAAAGGAUACAAGGAGACAUUCCAAAAAAGUUGACGCCUGACCAGUCAUACAUAGAAUCAUCUGAGGUGAAAUCCAAGAAAGAAAAGGAAAAAAAAGAGCCUAAGAAGGCACCUUCAGAUGAUGAAGAUGAUGAUGAUAUCUUUAAACCACCUAAACUAACUGAUGACGAUUUCUCACCAUUUGGAAGUAAAGGGCAUCUUUUUAGUGGAGGAAAAGGCCUUUUCGAUGAUGAUGAAGAGGGUGAUCUUUUUGUUGAUACUCCAAAAAUAGAAGCUAAGCAAGCUGAAAUUCCUUCUGUAGACCGCUCAGCAACCGAGACAUUGCCAGCUAAUGUCAAAAAGAAGCCACCAGUCGGAGGGGUUUCUCUUUUCCCAGGUGGUGAGGAUGUAAUUGGCUCUUCGGUUUUAGCAGAAAGGGAAAAGAAACUUCCCACACAUCCUGUAGAUACGGCCCCAAAGUUGUCAACCAACGUUAGUCUGUUUGAUGACGAAGAUGGCCUCUUUGGGUCUGGUGCUGCUCAACCAACGGCUAAAUCAGUGAAAGCAAAACCAGCAGCUGACCUGUUUUCUGAUGAGAACAACCUGUUUCCAGACGAACCUUCAGUCCCUCCAGUUAUCAGCAAGACAAAAGAAACUGGAACCACAACACAAAACACACACAACAAGAGCGUUCCAGUAUCUGUGGAGAAAUCCAAGCCACCUGAACUUCUUACAAAAAAGCAGACUAGAGGUCUGUUUUCUGAUGAGGAUGACUCUGAGACAGACUUAUUUUCCCCCAGCCAAAGUGCCGGAAAGUCUAAACCAAUUUUGCCUGCAACAAAGAACAGCAAAUCUAUAUCUCUGUUUGAUGAUGAAGAUGAAGAGGAUUUCUUUGGUUCUGUACCGGAAAAGCAGUCUUUGCCUGCUUCUGUCAAGUCAACUCGGCAGUUGAAGCUACUGGAAGAGACUAAGGCUCAGAGUUCUGGGUUGUUUAGCAGCGAUGACGAGGAUCCUGGCGGCAUCUUAAAUCAGAGAAAGACUACUGAACAAAAUCAGGUCAAAAGAGAUUCAGUCCCUGCAUCAAAAGAAAAGGUGACAGAAGUUAAAAAGACCAUCUUGUUUGAUGAAGAGGAUGAUCUAUUUGCAAUCACAAAAGAGAGUCAGAAGAACCAACGCGUUUCUCUAUUAUUUGAGGAUGAAGAUGAUAAUGAGGGAACUUUGUUUUCUUCAAAGGUGGCCCCAGUCAACCCAGCAGGUCCAGAUGUGCAACCAUCAAAAAUGUCUGUGCCGACAAAAGCCUGUGGAGAAAAGGAAUCUUUAUUUAAAGAUUCUACUAAGAAAGAUGAACCAAAAGUAUCAUCUGUGAAGAAGGAGCCGAUGCCCAUUAAUGACAAGGCAAAGCAAGCAACUGGUCCAGAAGAUGUGGACCACGGUGAUCUGUUUGCCACAAGUCCACCAGCAGAUAAAACCAAUAGGAGCAAAAAUAUCCUCAGUCUGUUUGAGGAGGAAGAAGAAGAUAAUGUUGAAGAUCGGCUAAAUAUCAGUAAAACACAACAUUCCGGGAAGACUUCUGAGAAGAGCUCGCAUGGUGGGAGUACUGGUGUUUUCCAAGAUGAAGAACUACUCUUCAGCCAGGAACUACAGAAAGACAACGAUCCUGAUGUGGAUCUGUUUGCGAAUACUAAAAAGCCGCCAACGGGUUCUUCUAAACUUAAGUCUGAAAAACCCAGCAAUGCAAAAUCCUCACCUGCGGUUGAACUGUUUGGGGAAGAGGAAGAUGAUCUUUUUGGUGCUCCUAUGCCGAAAAAGCUGCCACCGAAAGUUCAAGAAAAGAAGACUGUAGUCAAGAGAGACCCUUCUGAUGUUCCUAAAAAUGAUCCUGAUGUGUCUGAACCCAGAGUGGACAAUGUUUUUAAGACCAGCGAUGCAGAGCUUUGUACGAAACCUGCGGGUCCAGCUCCAAUUAAAACAAAAAGCCCUUCGUCUCGGAUUGGAAAACUACAAGCUAACUUGCUCAUUAAUCCUGCCAGUAUGUUGCCGGGUGCAGUUCCCAAGCUGCCGGGUGCAAAAUGUGUGAUCCCGGGACAUGACAUCUUGGCACCCCAUGUGACUGAUUCCAGAAGCUCUGCCGAUCAGGAUGCAGGAGAAAGAGUGAGCUUUGAAAACCCAGCACGUGUUGACACACUUCACAAUGCAAAUAAGACCCGCGCAAAGGUCGGUGGGAAAAGAAGGCCGCCUACAAGGAUGGGCAGAAGGCUUGCGUCACAAGAUUCUGGGGAAGCAGAAGACCUUGCAUGGGCAUCAUCUGCUUCCAGAACAUCCGAUAAACCAGAAGCCGGAUCUCUGCAGUCGAGUGUGGGAUUAAUUGAAGAUGAACCUAUUUCUACAAUGAAACUAUCACUUUCAGAAAAUGACAUACAAUCCAGUAACAAUGCAAAGCUUGUCAUUAAACCUCUGACACCUGAUAUAAACAGCUUGCUUAGUUCAGAUAUAUUUACAAAAAGCCAACCAUCUAACCCUCCUGCCUCUGUAAACAGUAAAGAAAUUACUCACAAACCUGUUGCAGAGGAUGAAAAGAAAUCUCGGGCUUUGGUGUUGAAUGAGGAUGAAAGUGAUGAUGAUCUUUUCCAAGUUGCCAAACAGAAGACUAAAAAACUGCUAAAACCCACCUCUCUGGAUUAUGAGCCUGACGAGGACCUUUUCCGAAGUCAGAAAGUUGAGGUGAAACAUAUGGCACCUAAAGAAGAUAAACUCGUAACCAGUGAUAUCUUUGAGGAUGACAUCUUUGCAACUGAGUCCACCAAGCCGGUGAAAAAGACAAAGGAGAAGAAGCCUCCAACAGAGCCAAAUCUUUUUGAUGAUAAUGUAGACUUAUUUGCUGAUCUCUCACAGAAGUCUAAGGACAAGAAAGCUAAGAAAAAAGUGGAACCCAAGUCCAUAUUUGAUGAUGACAUGGAUGACAUAUUUUCAUCUGCCAGCGUGAAAAAAGCAAAACCCAAAGUCAAGCCAACCCAGCCAACAGAAGAGGCGAAAUCAGAUAGCAAAACCUCUAACAUUUUUGAUGAUCCUUUAAAUGUAUUUGGCAACUAGACGGAAUAUGGAGCUUCAUCGAGAUGGACGCCGUUAUUCCAGUGCUAUUCAAGCAAGCCAAUUAGUAAUCACUUUUUUCUUCAAGAAUAUUCUGUGAUCUACUGGAAAGCGAGCUACAAGCUCAUUGUAUUUCUAUAUGCACUUAAUAGCGAACUGUGCCAAAUGCCAGGAACUAAAUGUCUGACAGCAGAGGAUCCCUUUUAUGAGGACAAUGGCCGCUUUCAGCCUAACUGUUGUGCACUUGUUUAUUUCUUUGGUAGGGCAGACAUAGGUGAUUAAUAAAACUGCUAAUUCAGUUUUAAUAGUAAAGCUUCUGGAUUUUCAAUGACAAUAAUAUACUACACUAGCAGUUUGUAAGACGGUUUGAAUGAUCAGCUUUCCUUUACGUUAUGAUGGGCCAGCCUCUGUUAGCUUCUCCUGCAAAAAAGGCUGGAUUUGCCCUGCGCUACAAAAAUGAUGGUAUGGGGAAAAUACACCUAAUGUAUUUCACAGGUUUAAAUAUAGGUUUUGCCCUUCAUAAUGCAUAGUGAAGAUGAUGAGUUAAAAUGCUUUUACUCGUUGUUUUGUACACGUUUUUGUGUAUCAUGAAAUAGAAGGUUAAAAAUGUCAAAUACAUUUUUGAAAAUGUGUAUGAGAGUCAGAAGUGAGACCUUUACAAAUACAUAAUGUAUCGAUAAUAAACAUGUAUACUGUUUCUAACUCUUAAGUUACAGAAACUAAAA